UAGUUGGAGAAGUUUAUAAAAAUAUAACUCCAUAAAAAUGAAAGGGAUUCUUUUUGUAACUAUGAUUGUUUUGAUUGUUGGCAUUAAUGCCAGGUCUUUUAACAAUUACUCAAGAACUAACCCAGAGAAGACUAAUGCUAUGAAUCUUAAGGCUGAAGAAGGGUUCGCUCAUUUCUACUUUGGAUGGAUCAGAGGAUGGCAAACUCAGCAACUCCAGGCUGGCCAAUGCUACCAUGAUAACAAUGCUUUCUUCUUUUCUCUCAAUGACACUUUUACAACUUUCCUUCAUGCUUAUCGUCCAGAUAUUUGGUUCAACUUCUUGGACAGGAUCAGAAUUAAUAUUGACAAUUUCGCUAAAUUGCUCCAAAGCUGCCAGGUCCAUUCAAUUCUAUUAAAAGUUGAAAGAAUAGUCACCCAGGAAGGAUUUAUUGAAAUCUCUGCCAGGCUAAUCACCCAGAUUGUUUUCUUGCAGAACAAUAUCCAGGCAUUCCAAAACCAUCUGGCAGCAGGGGAGUUCGAACUUGCUGGCGUUGAGCUUGGAAAGUUUGUAUCUGCCGUGGUUGGAGUUACUGUUAACUAAUCUUAAUAGAUAAGAUUGAGUUUUGAAGCUGUUUCAAUUU